UUCCCCCUCUCAGCUGCAACUCACUUCACUUCUCCAUCCUAUUCUUUUACCCGAUACUUUGCCUCUUCCUUUCGUCCCUUAAAUCUCUCCUCCACAAUUCUCUCCAAGCAAAUAUUCUCACUUGCGCUACCCGACAACACCGUAUCCUCCGGGCAUUUCCUCCCCUAAGAACACACAACCAACACAGCAACGUCUUCUCCAACCUACCAGCAAUGGCGGCCACAACCAAAGGCAAACCAGAGAGCCUCUUAGGCCUCUCCCAUAAUGAAGCUAGACUCAUUCUUCUCGGCAUCUUGUACACUGACGCCUCAGGCAAGAUCGACUACGAGAAACUUGCCGCCAAUGCGCCUUACAAGAAUGUAUCCUCUGCAUCCAGCUCGUAUCGCCAGGCAAAGAAAAAGUUUUAUGAUCACGCCGCUCAGUUUGUGAAUGACAUUUCUCCUGGAAACACUGAGGGCGGCACCCCAAUUAGCACCGCAACCAAAAAGACCCCCGCGAAGAGAAAGAGGGGAUCUGCAGCCGCUAAUACUACUGCUACAAACGAAUGCGGCACCGCUGUUGCUGAAGGCGAAGAAGAAGCCUCUGCACCUCCUGCGCAAAAGCGUCAGCGGAAGACACGCCCCAAAAAGGAUGCUUCUGUGGAGUCGGAAGAGGAGAAUGAUGAGGAGAUGGGGGGCGGGGCCCAACCAGAGCAGUUAGAAGUGGACAACAUCCUUGCACAAGAGAGCGAAGACACCGCAAUGGAUGCGCACGUGAAGAAUGAAGAGGACGACAUAAUGACCGAAGUUAACGUUGAUGACGAGUUUGAGGCUAUGGAGCGGGUCCGAGGUUAGGUUGGUGGGAGCAGAAGCUGAACGCGCCCGGCCUAGCUUCUUCUUACAUGCGAGUAAAGUCAUGGACUCAGCAGAAUACCUGCUUGGAAGGUAGGGGGAGGAGGAAUCAACGUGACUUGACCACUUGGCUACUUUUUUUUUUCUAAUUCGCGUUUUUUAUUUUGUUUUCUCUUAUUCGUUUAUUCCUGAUAAUGCUGUUGAUGAUGAAUUAGGAUGGUGUUUUUAUUUCGCUUAGUUUUUGCUUCGACUUUGAAGAAUGGGAUUGCAACAACUUCAGCAUUUUGAA